AUGGCGGGCAGGCCAGCAGUGGGACCGGGGCGGGCCGUGCCGCAGGAAUACGACGGAACAAUCCCCACCAAACCCACCUUCACCCAUGGAGCUGCCACACAGAUAUUCCAGCAGGUUGUUAUGCCAAAUGUCUCCGUUCAGCCGCAUUUCCGCAUGAGCCCAUCUGUAUGGGGAGGAAAUACACCCCGGCGGGCAGCAGAGCAGAAAGAGCCCGGCAAGGGGAAGCCGGUGGGCCGCGGAGCCCCAAAGCAGAAGAAAGCCGGGGCCCCAAAGCCGAAGAAAGCCGGGGCUCCAAAGCCGAAGAAAGCCGUGGCUCCAAAGCCGAAGAAAGCCGUGGCUCCAAAGCCGAAGAAAGCCGUGGCUCCAAAGCCGAAGAAAGCCGUGGCUCCAAAGCCGAAGAAAGCCGUGGCUCCAAAGCCGAAGAAAGUCGGGGCUCCAAAGCCGAAGAAAGUCGGGGCCCCAAAGCAGGGGGAAGCCGUGGCUCCAAAGCCGAAGAAAGCCGUGGCUCCAAAGCCGAAGAAAGCCGGGGCUCCAAAGCCGAAGAAAGUCGGGGCCCCAAAGCAGAAGUAA